AUGAUCAAGAUACCGAUUCUAGACCGUUUGACAUUUAGAGACUACCAAGGGUUGGUUUUCACCAUACUCUUCUUUCUAUUUGAAAGCGUCAUUCGAAUCAUUGUCAUGAUCAUGCCUAAAUUUCUGCUCAAGAGCGUUGAUUUCGCUAUUGAAUCUAUGUUUCCUUGGCUAUCCAAAGUUGAAAAUGAACCUCAUGUGAGUCCGUUGGAAAAGGCAGAAGGCUUCGAAAAGAUGGUUCGACAUUGGAAAAAGUACGAAUGCGAGCAGCACUUGGUGCGUACACUCGACGACUAUCUGUUAUGCGUCCACCGUAUCCCCAGCGUCAAAGACCACCAUAACGACAACCGCAAAGGAGAAAAGACAUUUCUACCAAAAAAGGGCAUUGAAGUGAUUGAUAACUUGGAUAAAUUUAUCCAGCAAAAGAAACCUAAGGGAGCGCAAGGAGGAUACAAAGGAAAGCCUGUGGUAUUGCUGUACCAUGGAUUCCUGAUGUCUUCGGAAGUGUGGGUGGCCAAUACGGAAGAGCACUGCAACUUGCCUUUUAUUCUGGCACAGCAAGGCUACGAUGUUUGGCUCGGCAAUGCUCGUGGAAACAAGUAUUCUCAAUAUCAUGUACACCACAGUCCUCGAAAUCAACCCUUUUGGAACUUUUCACUGAACGAAUUUGCCAUGCGAGAUAUGCCUGAUACCGUCGACUACAUUUUGGCUGAAACGGGAGCUCCCAGCUUGACCUAUAUUGGCUUUUCCCAAGGUACCGCUCAGGCAUUUGCAGGUCUCUCUGUUAAUUCAGACUUGAACAAAAAGAUCAAUCUCUUCAUUGCCAUGGCACCUGCUACCACACCCAAAGGAUUGAAACACCCAUUGAUUGAUGCAUUUGUAAAGGCGACACCCAGCGUGAUUUACCUCAUGUUUGGUAGAAAGACGCCACUCAAAUUAGCGCUGUUUUGGCAGCGCAUCAUCAGUCCGCCUCUGUUUGUCAAGGUCAUUGAUGCAAGCGUACGAUUUCUAUUUGGCUGGACAGGAGAUAACAUGUCUGCCGACCAAAAGACAGUGAGCUACCAGCAUCUGUAUUCCCUGACCAGUGUGAAAUCAUUGGUGCACUGGUUUCAAAUCAUUCGCACAGGCCAAUUUCAAAUGUACGAUGAAGUGCCUAGUCGUUUACCGUAUCAUACGGUCAAUGCUGUCGCAGAUCAUAUUCCACCUCGCUUUCCAACACUGCAGAUUCGAGCACCCAUUGCCAUCUUUUACGGCCGUUCAGAUUCGUUGGUCGAUUUCAACGUACUGUCAGCUGACUUACCCUCUCCUUUAGCCUACGUUAAGUCAAUCGAGAAAUGGGAGCAUUUAGACUUUUUAUGGGCGGAAGGCAUUGAGAAGAUUGUGUAUCCUGAUAUCAUCAAACUAUUACGUCAAUUUAAUCCUCAUUACGAAAGUUCUCCUUCUCAAGAACAACAGCAAAAGGAAGGGCUUAAAAACACAGACAGCAGUGAAGAGCCAGAGCCACUUGCUGAUCAAUAA